AUGGUGCACAACCUGCGCUCCCACAUGGCCUCCAUGCACCGGCUGAGCGCCGACGAGGUCGCCGACAUGCUGGGCAGACCGCGCCGAUCCGCUGUCACCUGGAUACCGCGGACCAGCUGGAACCAGCCGCAGCAUCACCUUAAGAAGCACCAGGGCCUCACCACCUGUCUCAUCUGCGGCCUCACAUACAGCACAGUCCACAGUCUCCGCCGGCACAUGGAGAGCAUCCACAAAAUGGCGGCGGCCGACGUGCGUGUGUGCGUGCCCACCAGGCGCUAUAUUCACAGUGUUGUGCCGGAGGACAGCUAUACCAACCCGCACACCCUGCAGCGGCACUUGAAGAAGCACCAGGGCCUGACGACCUGUCCCGUUUGCAACAAGGUCUGCAGCAUGGUGCACAACCUGCGACAGCACAUGCGGACCGUGCACCGGAUGAGCCCUGAAGAGGUCCACGCGCGCAUUCCGACCAGGAAGCUGGCCUUGGACGCGGGCGCCGGGAGCCUGGGGGCCUGCCACGCGACCGCCGAGAACAUCAGUCCCUGGGGCGGAGGGCCCGUCCACGUCUGCACCGACUGCGGCCAGGCGUACACCAACCCGCAGUCGCUGCUCCAGCACCUGAAGAAGCACCAGGGCCUGACGACCUGCCCCGUAUGCUACAAAGUCUGCAGCAUGGUGCACAACCUGAGGCAGCACAUGCAGGCCGUGCACAGGAUGACUCCGGCCGAGGUCCGUGCUCGUAUCCCGACCCGGAAGUCGGCCCAGGGAGCCGUCACCGAGAACGUCGGCGAACAUCGCGCAGCCGCGGAGAACACCAACUCCUGGUUUGGAUAUGGAGAACGUUAG